AUGGAGUUGCACAAGGGUAUCUGGAACAAGGUCUCUGCUGGCUGCUGGGAAGUGCGUGGAAAGACCUUGGGUAUUGUCGGCUACGGUCACAUCGGAAACCAGUUGUCCGUCCUGGCUGAGGCCAUGGGUAUGAGCGUCAUCUACUACGAUGUUGUCAACCUCAUGAGCAUGGGUACCGCCAAGCAGGUCCCUACCUUGAAGGCCCUUCUCGAGGGCGCCGACUUUGUCACCCUCCACGUUCCCGAACUGCCCGAGACCAAGAACAUGAUCAGCACCGAGCAGUUUGGCUACAUGCGCAAGGGCAGCUACCUGAUCAACGCCUCAAGAGGUACCGUUGUCGACAUUCCCGCCCUGGUCGAGGCCAUGAGAAGCGGAAAGAUCGCUGGUGCCGCCAUCGACGUCUACCCCAACGAGCCCGCCGGCAACGGCGAAUACUUCAACAAGGAGCUGAACACCUGGGCCGAGGACCUCAGAAGCCUCAAGAACUUGAUCCUCACNCCCCACAUCGGUGGCAGCACCGAGGAGGCCCAGAGCGCCAUUGGUGUCGAGGUCGCAGAGGCACUCGCCAAGUACGUCAACGAGGGUUCCACCGUCGGCGCCGUCAACAUGCCCGAGGUCAACCUACGUAGCUUGACUGCCGACGAGCCCAACCACGUCCGUAUCAUCUACAUCCACAAGAACGUCCCUGGUGUGUUGAGACGCGUCAACGAGGUCUUGGGCGAGCACAACGUCGACAAGCAAAUGACCGACUCAAGAGGCGAUGUCGCAUACCUCAUGGCCGACAUUAGCAAUGUCAACCAAGGAGACAUUGCCAGCCUUUACAACAGCCUCGAAGAUCUGGGUUCGCGCGUCAGAACCAGAGUCUUGUACUAG